UCCCGGAAGAGGCGGGCACAAGUCAACGGAGGGGCGGGACAGGGCGGUGUACUACACAGUGGCGGUUAAUUUGAGAUGGUUUCCUUAGUACCCCGCGUAUUUUGAGCCUGUGGGGACCUCUCCCGGUACCUGCCCAGUACCGUCUUAGUAGGAGUACGCUCCCGGGGCCUCAGAAACAGGCUUUUAUCUGGUCCGGAACUCCCAGCGGUUCAGCGCUUCUUCUCUUACUGGAUACCGAUAACGACGUAUUUGAACUUGGCCCAGGUCAGCCUGGUCCUUCCUAGAGCUAGGAGUCAUAGAUGCCAGGACGUAUGAGCCACUUCAAGAAGCAUCGCAAUAAGACAAAUUUGCCCCUGGCUUUAAACCCUAUGAAGAGCAAGGACGUGUUGGCGGUGCUGGCUGAGAGGAAUCAGGCUGUCGUACCAGUUGGGGCAUGGGUGGAACCUGCCUCACCAAAUAGCUCGGAAAUCCCAGCAUAUACUUCAGCAUGUAUAAUUGAAGAAGAACUAAAGGAACAGUCAAGAAGAAAAGAAGAAGCUUUGAAACAUUUUCAGAGACAAGUCAAACACCGAGUCAAUCAACAAAUUAGGCUGAGAAAAAAGCAACAGCUUCAGAAGUCUUAUGAAGCAGCAGAAAAAGAAGGUUCUAUAGCCAUGCGAUCUUUUGAUCCAGCACACUUAACUCCUAAAAGGACAAGUGUUUUUCCAAGCAAUUUGAAUGCUGCUUUUGGAAGUUCUAGGUUGCCUCCUUCCCAGAUGCUUAGGGAUGCAAUAGAAGAUGGAGAAAAUCAGAAUGGGUUGUUCCAACAAAAAGCCCAGGCUCUUAGUCAGACCAUGAAACUGGCACAUCAUCGGCUGGCAUCCUUUAAAACUGUGAGUGAAAAAAUGUCAUCAGUGUUUCCAAAUGGCAAAAAGAAAACCUCUCCCACUCAAGAGAAAGUGAAAUUCAAAAAUCCAUUAUUUGUUGUGAUGGAAGAGAAAGAACAAAAUCAGUGGCAUUGUCAUGAUCUUCAGAAUAUUCUGCCAGAAGCCCAGGGUGAUUUGAUAGAGGUCCAGAGUGUUGAGCCUGAAACGCAAAGUGUUGAGCCAGAUACCCAGGCUAUUAAUUUGGCAGUUCAGUCUGCUGUGCCAGAAGGCCAGGCCAUUAAGACAGAAACUCAGAGCAUUAUGUUAAGAACCUGUAGUUUCAAGCUAGAAGAUGGAAAUAUUGAGUUGGAAGCCCAGGAUUUUCUACCCACAAAUCAGGCCUUUCUACCCAAAGACAAUUGUGUUUCCCCCAAAGGCCAGUAUACUCUACACAACUGUCAGGACCAGAAUUUUCUACAUAAUGACCAGUAUUUUCUACUUAGAAACCAACAUGUUUACUCCAGAGAACAGGAUAUUCUAUUCAAAUGUCAAGAUGAGAAUUUUCUACCCAAUGACCAGGAUUUUCUUCAUAGAGACCAGUGUGUCCUUCCCAAAGACCAGAAUAUUCUACCCAAAUGCCAGGAUCAAGACUUUCUACCUGAACACCAGGGUUUUCUACCCAGAGACCAGUAUCUUCUUCCCCAAAACCAGAAGGUUCUACCCAAAUGUCGGGACCAAGACUUUCUACCGGAAGGCCAGGAUUUUCUACCCAGAGACCAAUGUGUUCUUCCCCAAAAUGAGAAUAUUCUACCUAAAUGUCAGGACCAAGAUUUUCUACCAAAAGGUCAAGAAUUUCUCUCCAAAGACCACAGUAUAAUACCCAACUGUCAAGACCAGGAUUUUCUUCCCAAAGACCAAAGUGUUCUUCCUAAAGGCCAGAAUACUCUAUACAAAUGUCAGAAGCAGGAUUUCCCACCCAGAAAUCAGGAAGCAAAUUUGAAACCGUCAGCACCAAUUUUGAGAGUCAGGCAAGGGAAAGAGGAGCUUCCUCUGGAUGUCCAUCAGGAUCUAUUCAGGCAUGAUCAGGCCUCUACCAGGGACAAGAACAGGUUUCUCAAGCAAACCUCGUCUUUUAUGACAGAAGAAAGAGUAAGAGAGGAAUUGCCUCUGGAGUGUCAUCAAUAUGUUCCUUCUAAGAUCCAGGACAAAUCCACCUCUAGAGAACAGGUAGAGCAGCCGUCUUUUAUGACAGAAGAAAGAGUAAGAGAGGAAUUGCCUCUGGAGUGUCAUCAAUAUGUUCCUUCUAAGAUCCAGGACAAAUCCACCUCUAGAGAACAGGUAGAGCAGCGUAGAGAAGGUGUGAUCAAAAAUAUGAAGGGCCAGAGGUUGCACAGUGCUGGUCUGGUGAAUAAGGGUUAUAAGUAUCGGUCAGGACUGAGCACUGAAUUCCAAGCUUCCCUGGCCAUUCAUUCUGGAGUAGAUCAAGAAGAAGAAAAGAAAGAGCAUCAAAAGCAAUACUUGAGACACAGAAGACUUUUUAUGGAUAUUGAAAGAGAACAAAUAAAAGAACAAAAACAGCAAAAGGAACAAAAGAAGAAAACUGAAAAAAUUAAGAAAAAGAAAGAGCAAUGGUAUGUUGAAGAGCAGAGGAUCAUGAGAAUGAGAUCUCAUGGAGCACCAUAUUCAGAGGAGAAGAUGAGUGACAGUUUAGGCCAGUUACAACUUGAAGAAAUAAAAGGUGCCAGAGAAAAGCAACAACAGAGAGAAAAAGAAUAUGUGAGAUAUGUGGAAGCUUUACGUGUCCACGUCCAGGAGAAAAUGAAGCUGUAUAAUAUUACUUUACCACCACUGUGCUUUUGUGGUCCUGAUUUUUGGGAUGCUCAUCCUGAUACCUGUGCCAACAAUUGUAUUUUCUAUAAAAACCAUAAAGCAUAUAAUCAAGCAUUGUAUUCAGUCAUCAGUUCCUCGGAUGUCUCUGAGGGAAAUUCAGCUCUUCGAAGUGCCAUUCAUAAUUUUGCUUCUGCACACAGAUGGAUUUUGAAAAACCUGUAAUAAAAACUGAAAUCAGCUGAAUCAACUGGUAGUAUUUCAGUGUUCAUUUGAAAUCAACCUUGAAAAAUUAUUUAGGAAAAGCUGUUAACGUAUAUAAGAUGUAUUAGCUGGAAAGAAAUACUAUCAAACAUAAUCAUCUCUGCAGUUAGAAUUCUGCCUUGCGACCAAGACUGAAAGUUCACUUCCAAAACUUAUCUCUUCUCUAUAAUGGAUCACAGAGAGCCUAUUACUUUAAAAAUUAAUCAGACAAAUAAGGUUUCUUGUAGUUUGCUCUGCUCGGAUCAGAGGAGCUCGUGAGAAAUCUUUGAGAUGAUCUUAUUAUCAUCUUUCUAAAAUUGUGUCUUUGAGUCUUGACACUAUUGAAAAUAUUUAGAUGAAGCAGAAAGGAAAAUGGUAAAACAGGUUUCUGAGCAUCAGUAGCCAUCUAUAUUGCCAUUAGCUUUUCUAGUUGUGUAUAACAAAGAUGAGAAGAAUCUGAAUUUGAUACGUUUUCUUCUCAAAAUUUUGUCUCUCCUAGUUUGUUUUUUUUUUAAUUUAUUGACUCUUUCCCCAUUCAGUGACAUUGGACUUAAGAGUUUUCUUUUUUAAUUGUAUUUUUUACUGCAAAAAGUCAAACCCUGUAUCAUUUGAAUAUCUUCUGUGUAAAAUAAUUGUAACAUUUCAAAAAAGUGAACCUGAAGUCAAAGUGAAUUAAGUCCUGUCUUAUUUCCCUAUCUUUAAAAGAAUUUGGUCAGUGACAUGCCUAGAAUAAAUGAAAUAAAAAAUGCCAUAGUUGGUGUGGAUGUUAUUUUUUUC